GUUAAUAUUGAUCCAGCUCGGACAUAAAAUACACAAUGCCACGACCAAGCAGAGAAUCCUACGGAGAUAGUAAACCUCCGUAUUCUUACAUAGCUCUGACUGCCAUGGCUCUGAUGAGAUCUCCUGACAAGAUGCUUCCACUCUCAGACAUUUACAAGUUUAUCAUGGACAAUUUUCCGUACUACAGGAAGAACACACAAAGAUGGCAGAAUUCUCUCCGACAUAAUCUAAGUUUUAACGAUUGUUUUAUCAAAAUUCCAAGACGUCACGACAGGCCUGGUAAGGGAGCAUAUUGGACUCUUCAUCCUAAAGCUAUCGCUAUGUUUGAGAACGGUUCUUUACUCCGGAGACGGAAAAGGUUCAGGUUGGACCUGGAUGAGAAGGAUACUCUAGAAUCUGAUCUUGCAGCUCUCUCCAACCUGAACUCUUUCAUUGCAUCUCAGCAACCUGAACCCGUAUAUCCAGUUUACACUCCUCUUCCUCCUCUUCCCAUUCAACCCUUCUACUAUCAUUCCCUUCCUCCCCGCCAUCCUUUCUUCCCUUCCGAACAAGUUUCUCCUCCUCCUCCUCCUGCAGCCUUCGAACCCGAGAAAAAGAAAUCCUCCUUCACUAUCGAUAGUAUCCUUGGUUUAGAGGAUGAAGGAGUAAGUCCUCCCUGUUCUCCAACGCCUCCAACCCCUUCUCCUACUCCUUCAGACUCCAGUAGUGUUGGUAUUCACUCCCCUACUCCAGUACAUCAUCAAGCUAGCGGAUAUCCAAUGAAUCCUGGAUAUCAACCUAACUUUGGAAUUCAUCCUGCCAACCUUGCUCUCUACAGAUAUAGUUUACAACAAGCAGCAGCCGCCGGAGCAUUUUAUUAAUCCUGAGAGAAUUCCAUCCAACUUUAUGGAUAAUUCAAUCCAACUUCAUGGAGCAUUCCAUUCGACUUCUUGGAGUGUUUCGCGGGUCUAAUACUACUCCUGGAGCAUUCACUGAAGAUUAACCUUACUCCCGAAACAAUCUAUAUUUAACUCGUCAUGUGAUAAUACCAAUAUACCUCAGAUUUAUAAUUUAUCAAAAAUAAAUGUUGAAAGA